AUGCUCUCAAUCGCCGUCCUGACCGGCCUUCUGGCCGCUGCUCCAAGGCUUGCACUGGCAGUAUCUUGCACCUCGCACGCUGUCUCGGUAACAGCCAGCGCCAACAAUGGCAUCGUUCUCGCUCCUAAUCUUGACCUGACUUCGGUUUCGGGCGUCGAAUCUUUGCUCUCUUCGGGAGCAGGUCUUCUAGGUCAGUUUGCUGGUCUGCUUCCUGUUAGCGGAGCAUAUCAGAUCGCAAUGAAGUACUGUCCACCGGCGAACAAUCCCGAGGCGCCGGCGGGACGUUCCCAGGAGGUCCAACUCCUUCUGCAUGGCGUUCCAUACAACUCUGUGAGCUGAUCGAUUCGUUUUGGCUCGAAUCGAAGGCUGAUCAGCUCACAGAGCUACUGGUUCGGUCUUCCAGGGAAUCCAGAUGGGACGGCAAAGUACGACUGGGUGACGUUUGCAACUCAACAAGGCUAUCCGGUUCUUGCAAUCGACAACCUCGGAGCGGGUGACUCUCAGAAGGCGGAUCCAAUUACUGAAGUGCAGCAACCUCUCCAGACAGCACUCUUGCACGAAAUCACCCAGAUGCUUCGCGCGGGCCAGCUUUCUUUUGCCCCGAAGGCGGAGAAGGUCAUCUUCGUCGGGCAUUCUCUGGCCUCGGUGACGGGAAAUGGAAUCGCGACGCACUAUCCGUCCGACUUCGACGCCAUGGUUCUUACUGGAUACUCAUACGAUCUUAUACCCGCAGGCCUUGGCAUCCUACUCACUCUCUUGGAACCAGCACAGCUCCAGAACGCCGCGAAAUUUGGAAGUUUCCCGCCGGGAUAUUUGGCUUUUGGAUCUCGUCAAGGCAAGCGGGCUGCAUACUAUGCGCAAGAUGGAUCCUUCAGCACCGGAUUAGAAGGAUAUGAUUUCGCGCAUGAGGAUACCAUCACCAUCGGACAGAUCUAUUCCGCCUUCUCUGGCCUGGAGAAAGCCGACGAUUAUAGGGGAGACGUCUUCGUCUUGACGGGACAAAAUGAUGCUUUCUUCUGCGGACCCACCGGAAGUCGAGAGCUUGGACCGCAAGAUUGUGGAAUGGGCGAUGAGAGUAUCCCCGCGAAGAGUAGAGCUUUCUUUCCCAAUGCGAACUUUGAGUAAGUUAGCCGGGGCACCGAUCAGGUAUUUCGCAAAUGUGUACUAACCAUGCUGAUAGGUAUCACCUCGCUCUUAACACGAGCCAUGCCACAACAUUGCACUAUAGCGCUCCCGACAGUCUGGAGGCUGCACACCAGUUCCUUGCUAGAAGCGGGUACUAG